UGUGCGGCGUGUCCGCUUGUUGGCGAGUACGGUGGCCGCGGGGGGUCAGCACCGUUCUGUCUUUGGCUUCGGGUUGGGAAGGAGAGCAGCAGCAUCAGCAGCGGCGGCAGCGAUGGCUCCCAAGGGCAGUAGCGGCGGGGCUCGGCAGCAGUCGGAAGAGGAGCUGCUCCUGCAAGAUUUCAGCCGCAACCUCUCGGCCAAGUCCUCGGCGCUGUUCUUCGGCAACGCGUUCAUCGUCUCGGCUAUCCCGAUAUGGCUUUACUGGCGAAUCUGGCACAUGGACCUCUUUCAGUCUGCAGUCCUCUACUCUGUAAUGACCCUUGUCAGCACCUAUUUGGUUGCUUUUGCUUACAAGAAUGUGAAGUUUGUUCUUAAGCACAAGGUAGCCCAGAAGCGGGAAGAUGCUGUUUCCAAAGAAGUGACCCGCAAGCUUUCCGAAGCAGAUAAUAGGAAGAUGUCACGCAAGGAGAAGGAUGAGAGAAUUUUGUGGAAGAAGAAUGAAGUGGCAGACUAUGAAGCAACAACUUUCUCUAUCUUUUACAAUAAUACCCUCUUCCUCGUUCUGAUAAUUGUUGCUUCCUUUUUUGUGUUGAAGAACCUCAACCCCACCGUAAAUUACAUUCUCUCCAUCAGUGUUUCAUCUGGACUGAUUGCUUUGUUAUCUACAGGCUCAAAGUAGAUAGAAUUUGUUUGAGUACAUGAAUUCAACUCUGUGUUGCCCAAUCAGAAGAAGGUUGAAGUGCCAUUUUCUGUACAUUGGUCUUUUUCUUUUUUUGUAAAAGAUGGGAUGAGAAUGGGGAGCAGUUUUGUUAUAAAAUAAUACCAUGAAGAUGAGGCAUUCUAAUUUAGGCUUGCAAUAUGCUUAUUCAAAAUACGUUUGAUCAUUCGGGUGGCCAUAGGGAUCCAGUUGUAUCAUUUGAGAACUUCAACAGCUAGAUCUGGAAUUCUUGAUUAGAAGUUUUUGGGGUUUUUGUUACAUUCUUAUUAAAAAAAAGCUUUGCUGAAAACAGUGAUUGUACAUGUAAAUUUGUGAUAACGAUAAUUCUUGACUUAAAUUCUGGUACUAGAAUUUCCAUUGCUAAGCAAGGUGGUUAUUAAAUGAGUUGUGCCCAAUUUGACAACCUGGGCACUUUUUCCUCAAGGGCCCAGGCUUGGGCCUGCUUUAUUUGACAACUGUGGCCCAGUCUCCAACUCUGCUUGUAUGGUUUGGGACCUGAUUAUUUCCCAAAUUUUGCUCCAAGCUGAAACUGCCUACUCAAGAGACACCAGAAUGACCCCUUCCCCCAUUUCUCAAAGAGGUGACUUUGAGCUGGGCGUUCUCUACCAUAGCUACCCUCCUGUGAGGAGAGUAAGUUAUCUCAGAAAUACGAUCUCCACCCUCACUUUUAACAUUUUGAAACCUUGUUAAGAUCUGGCUUUUUUGAGGUACUAUGUAGGGGGGGGAUUGAAGAGUGAAAGAGAGAUUGUAUUGGGAUGUGCAGUGGCAAUGAUUACUAUUACUAAAUAUUAAACAUUUUAUGGAUAUUAUUGAUAUUAUAUACAUUGGCUUUUGCAAGACACCGAUUCUAUUGACUGAGGUAGCAUGAAAAUAUAUUAAAUCUUCAGACUUGUAGAAAUUGCUAAAAAUAAUAGUUUGCUAGAGGCAUAAAGCUGUUUGCCAUGUAUCUGAACAUUACAUGUGUACAAUAUUCAAA